AUAAGCGUUUAAGUUGAAGCAGUUCUCGUUAACGGUCUGAACAGUCAUUGAUCCUUUAGAGAGGUAUUUCAGAUAACCAUAAAGUGGCAGCACAUCUGUACAAUACGGCAACAAAUUGCGUUAAGUACGUCAGUAUAGUGGUUAGGUUGUGGGCUGGGCGACCAGGGAAUUUUAGUUCUCUGCCUGGCAGGAGCAUAGAUUUCUCUCUUUUCAGUCGUGUCUGGAUUGAUUCUAAGCUUACGCAGCUUCCAAUCCAGUGGGUAUCUACAGAAAAGCAGCCUGAGCGUGUAGCUGACCCUAUACUGCUGUGGUGACAGGAAGAAACGAGCUUGUUCGCGAACUCGCGAAGAGCUGAACUUCGACCAUAAGGGAAGAACAUGGUGACUGAGGAAUAGGUGAUGGGGGUGACAGCUUGGAGCUAAAACAAAGACUUCCAUGGGAAAAGUCACAGUGAACAUAUGUCCAUAAAUCUAUGCGUGCUGAGCUAUGGGCAAGUUUUGCAUUUGACUGGAUACUUGAAUAGCACUGCAUUGAGCAUUAAGAGAACUUUAUGGAUUUGCUGAAAGCUGAGGCUGGUGCAUGUAGUGAGACAUGUCAAACAUCAUCUCAUGUUGGAAGUGUAAAAGUUGAGGCUGUGACAGAUACACAGGAGGAGGAUCCUCUGCUCAUUAGAUUACCAGAUAUGAACUCUGAACAUGAGAAUGCUUUGAAUGGACGUCAAUCCACGCAUUUUCAAGAGCACCUCUAUUCAUGUGAUGUAUGUAAUAAAUCAUUCAGAUAUCAAAGUAAUCUGAAGGUACAUCAACGCAUACACAUUGGAGAACGUCUGUAUUCCUGUGAUGUGUGUAAUAAAUCAUUCUCUCAACUGAGUCAUCUAGACAGACAUCAGCAUAUACAUAGUGGGGUGUAUCCUUAUUCUUGUGAUUCAUGCGAUAAAUCAUUCCGAGAACAGAGUAACUUGAAAAAACAUCAACGUAUACACAGUGGAGAAAAUCCAUAUAUAUGUGAUGUGUGUAAUAAAUCAUUCUGUGAACGGGGUAAUCUGAAGAAACACCAGCAUGUACAUAAUGGAGAUAACCCAUAUGCGUGUGAUGUAUGUAGUAAAUCAUUCCGGGAACUGAGUAAUCUAAAGAAACAUCAAGGUCUGCAUAGUGGAGAGCGUCCAUAUUCGUGUGAUGUGUGUAGUAAAACAUUCAGAUCUCUAAGUAAUCUGACAACACAUCAGUAUAUACAUAGCGGAGAGCGUCCAUAUUCCUGUGACGUAUGUAAUAAAUCGUUUAGAUUUCCAAGUAAUUUGACAACGCAUCAAAACAUACAUAGUGGGGUGCGUCUAUAUCCCUGUGAUGUGUGUAAUAAAUCAUUCAAUCAAGGGAGUAGUUUGAAGAGACAUAAACGCAUACACAGUGGAGAACGUCCAUAUUCCUGUAAUGUGUGUAAUAAAUCAUUCAGGCAACAGAGUAAUCUAAAAAAACAUCAACGCAUACAUGGUGGGGAUUAUCCAUAUUCAGUUGAUAUGUGUAAUGUAAUCAUUCUAGAGACUGAGACAUGUGGAGAGACAUCUGUUCAUGCAUAAAGCUGUAAUUGAUUCAGUGAGGAUGUUCACAUUUUGCAUUUGCUCAUGGGAAGGAAGCAGUCUCUCCUGAAGUGCUGUGUAUGUUCUCAAAUGUUUUCUGAUGUGGACUUCUUUGAAGUGGAUAUUGUUGCUGAUAUUCCAUCGCAGGAGAACUACCAUUUCCAUUGCAGAAACCUUAUAUGAAACGCUGUCAGCAUAUUCUUCAUUUAUGAACAUGGUAGGGAUUGGCUAUGACUGCACUGCAAUAUGACACAGCCACAUUAGCCUGUGCAAUGGAGAAGCGGGAACUUGAUCAUGUUACAGCACACUCCUUGUGGGGGAUGAAGCGAUGUUUCUGCAAAAGACCCAGAAUUCAUAACUUUUGGAAUAAGGAACUACCUAAGCAGUGGAAGGAGUCUAUUAUUGUACAAAUUUACAAAAAGGGCGAUGAAACUGACUGUAGUAAUUAUUGAGGCAUA